GGGCUGGUUCACAGGGGACCCAGCGGUCAGAGAGCUUACAAUAGUAGUGAUAUUCACUUUGUGUCUUGCAGCGGUGGAUUUCCAUCAGUUGUGGGUCGUGAUCUUCUUACACUUAAAGACUUCAGCAAUUCUGAGAUUGGAUAUCUUUUAUGGAGUGCCGCUGAUCUGAAAAAAAGAAUAAAAGUUGACAAGGAGGUAGGAGCCCACCAUCAUUUUUUUUGGUAAAAAUAAUGUGACUUUUGUAUUGUCUGAGCUAGAAUGGUGAGUUCACUCUGGUCUAGCAAUGCUGCUGAGCCAGCCAACUUGUAGAAAACAGUGACCUUGACAGGGCUCAAAAAACUCCUGUCCAGUAGUCUGGGAUGAGUAGAUUUUCUCCCAGGCAAGUAACUUUUUAAGUUCAUUUGCCCAGUGAGCAAGGGCCCAGGUGUCCCCGGAGACUCACAGGCUAUCAGUAGGGUCGGAAGAAUAACGGUGAAAGUUAAAUUAAAAAGUUUGCCACCGUACGUUUUUCCCUACCCAACUGACUGCUCCUGGGGCUCUGAGGAUGAGGUCCAGGCAACUUGGAAACAGUUGAGGUUUCAGGGUAGCUGACCACCUACCCCUCCCCUAAGUCACAAUUUUGCUGUAAGAGAGAAGUAAGUGUUAAUGUUGACUUGGGAGGGAGGGGGAGGGUACCUCCUCAAUUGAUCCACAAGUUGUCCUCUAUAACUAAAGGUUUUUUCUAGCCUUGCUUAAGAAUCCAUGAUCAUGAUGUGGCAAAAAUGGAUUUGCUGUGUUCAACCCUGCUGAGCUGUAUUAAAUUGUAACAUAAUUGGCUAAAUUUGCUUUCAAUAAUCUUGAUUCUUCCAAGCAGUAACUUCAACAGGUCAAAAACUGGCCCUCCUGUCUUCUCCACACACCUUCAAGUUAUUUAAAAACUUGGUGCAAAGGUUGACAUUUAGGGAACAGGAUAGAAACUGCCAAAAUGAAGAAAAAAGCAUAGGAGUCUUCUUAUUGCUGAAUCAUUAUGUCUUUUGCCUUUGCUAUUGUCAUCACCUUUGUAAAAUUAAUGUUCUAACCAAGUAUUCUUAUUAUUAGUUUCAGAAUGUUCGGCUUUUAGAGGGGAAAUCAGCUGCUCUCAUUUUUCAGAAGCGCAGCACACGAACAAGAGUCUCAACAGAAACUGGUAAAAAUUUGAAAGUUGUGUGUUAAUGUUCAUGGUUUUUUUAAUUUCAGCGCAGCAACAAUGAAGUUGUGGCUCUUGUCUCUAAGAAGUAUUUUAAACUUAUAAACUGUAGCAAUUUGUUUCAAACAGACAGGGUUGUCAAAAGUAGCCAAGUGCCAGCAAAAAAUUGCCACCUACUUGGUUAGUAUCCGCCGGCUUAACUCUGCUUAGCAAGUUUCUUUACGGAUGGCGUUUUUUAAAUAAAAUAUCCUUGGUCUGGCCCGCUUACUUUGACAGCUCAGCCGAUUGCUUCAAAACUUUCUGACAACCCUGAACAGAGGAAAACUUUGUUGUCAUCCACCACCACAUCAAAGAAAAUUGACAGAUGCCUGUUAUUAUCUGAGGUGCCUGGUGAAAUAUUAAAAGUGCCACAAAUGUGUCAUUAUGCUUGCAUUUUAUGUUAAAAGAACUCAUGCAUUCACAAUAAAAAUAUAACUGUUGUCAGGAGAGGCUUCUUUUCACAUGCCACUAGGUAUAUCGUGAAAGAGUAGCAUGGGCGUGAUGGGUAGAUGUAUUUGUCUGAUGGUAGUAUGAUGUUGUAUUGCUCUUAGUGAGGUCUUUUCUAACUCUUUUCUUUGCUAUACUGUAUUUGUAUUUCCUAAGAUGAGAUUUUGUUGUUUUAACUAGGUCUCGCUCUGCUUGGAGGAAACUGUGUUUUCCUUACAGACAGUGACUUUCAUCUUGGUGUCAAUGAAUCUAUAAGGGACACUGGAAGGUAAAAAAAAUUGAUCCUUCAUAGUAUCUUUAAUAUGUUUCACUGAAUAUAUGCUUUGCAGUGUGCAGCAUAAAUCAUACCAUUUUCAUCAUUGUCAUUAUUAAUUGGCAACAUUACAAGUAGUUAGGGUGCUGGACCUGUAAUUGGGGUAUCUUGGAUAUAAUUCUACAAUCCUAUACAAAAUAGUUGAAGGACAUGACCAGUCGAUUUCCAAAGUUCAAAAAUUAUUGUUCGAUUAGCUUUCCCAAACUAGGCUUAUGGACAAACCUCUUAGGGGCUGAUAGGUCUGCGUUGUGUAUGCCCAAAAAAUUGUUGUGUAUGCCCAAAAAAGUGUUCCAAGUUUUUGACAGGGGUUGUAUUAACGCAUCAAAGAGUUGUUUUCAGUGCACCCAUGAUAAAUUCCUCACCCUGCCCAUGAUUGUAAAUAGCCAACUGGUCUGCCUAAUGCCACUGAGGGUCCUAUGUAAAUACAGUUGAACCUUCAUUAAGUGGUACCCUAUCUUAAGAGGCCAGUAAUCAAAGUCCCUAAGUAAUAAUUGUAGAAAAGAAUGGGAGUUCUCCCAUUGUUGUCACCUCCAUCCAUCACUUGAUUCACUCAGUCUACCUUUAUUUCAAGAAUAUGAUGAAGGAAAACACAGUCCUACAUAGAAGAUCAUGGUGAUUGCUUGUGGACCAGUAAUGCUGUUCUGGCCCACACGCGUUUGUUUCAAAAAUAAUAAAGUGCCGUUUCUGUUUAUGAUUUUGCCAAUUUCGAGACAAACCUCUAUUGAGUGGCCAGCCUCCAUUUAGCAGCCACUUGCCGGUACCCGUAGGGUGACCGUUAAGAGAAGGCUCAACUGUAUGUAUUAAGUACACCAGCAUCUGUGGUGUUAUUGAAAUUUAUAAAUUUAAUUUGUAAAUAUAUUUUUUUAAACUCUCUUGCACUAAUUUUUACUCAGGGUGCUGUCAGGAUAUUGUGAUUUCAUCCUGGCUAGAGUAAACAGGCAGAAAGAUCUUGAGGUCUUGGCCGAAGGAGCUACCAUACCUGUCAUUAGGUACAAAAAUAGUGGUGAUAAAUAUUACAAAUUUGUUUUUAGAUAAAAAAGAAAAGAAAAGGUGCCGAUAUAUCACCCUAUGUCAUUGCCUUAAAUUGUGUUUAUUAUUAUUAAGUAUUAUGAGAGCAUAUUUCAAACAUUAAAGAUUGGUCCUAGGAAUUCUAGAAUUUUUCCAAAUAUUUGUUCUUUUUCAUUUUUUUCUUGAGCCUGCCUCCAUUAUCAAGAUAGCUUCUUGUGGUUUUCAAGAAUUGAGUGUAUCUUAUUUUAACAAUUCUGUGAUUAGUUGAUGAUUGAUCAAAUGGCUGCACAUUGUUGUAAAUUUUUACACGUUAAUUUUUUUGUCUGAACUGAGGAAAGCAAACGUGAACUAAUUAACUACUGGUUAAAAAACAUGAGCUUUUCUUGAUGGCUUAGUGACAAGAUACUGUAAUCAAUUAUUGUAACAUUCAGUUAGUGUGUACAAACAAGUAAGAUCAUGUUGAGUGUUGAUUAUUUGAAGGAGGUGACCAUUUUAGGUGAUUCCACGAAAGAGGGGCUGUUAAUUAAGGGAAGGCAAAAAUUAUUUUAAUGGACAAUGGAAGUUCUUUCUCUUGCUUUUUAGUGGGCUAUCAGAGAUGUACCAUCCAUUACAGAUUCUUGCUGAUUUCCUAACUCUACAGGUAUAUUUCAACACGAACUUACAGCUUAAGGAUUAUUAGCUUUUAGCAGUAAUUAAAGGGUUUAAUGGGACACUGUAUUCAGUAUUACAUGAACAGUUUGAAAUAAUGUAGUGCAAAAUUACAGAAUGUGGGGGUACAUAUGAUGUCUUAAUGCUAAAUAAAAUGACAACCAGGCUUAAAGAGACAAAUUAUGAAGAAAAUGGGACAUAAAUAAUACACUGUAUUUCAAAUCAAUAUUAAUCUCUCACUUCAGCUUUAGAAAGACCAUAAAGACCAUAAAUGUUGUGGCACAUUACCGCCAAACCCAGGGUGUCAAAUUUUGGAUUUUCCCUGAUAUUGUAGUUGCCAAUUUUAUUCUGCUCACAUUGGUGACCAUGCAAUGAAAUAUAAUGAAAGUUAAAGGGGAUUUGUCACGGCUCUCUAGCUCAUUUUGUUUAUAUUUAUGCCAGUAUUACUUGUCCUUCUUCAAUAUGGAACUUAUGAAAAUUAAUACUUUUGAAUGACAAAAUUACAGCUUUCAUAUCAAACAGACAAUGGGCCAUUGUAUACUACUGUUAUGGAUGGAAGCGAGACUGGAGUUCACCUUGUUUUGAUACAAACCUUUCUGCUUUAUUAUGUAAAUCAAGUUGUUCUUUCCUGGCUAGUAUUGUUCAAGGACAAUGUCCAUAACAAAGCAAAAGAGGUUUGUGUCAAAACAAGGUCACCGUCAGCCUCACAUUCACUCGAAGGCUUGGGUACUAAGUCCACAACUGUAAAAAUGGUCUAUUUGUGUCCCAGGCGUUACGUCCUGUGUUAUUUAUGCCUUGUUUUCUGCUGCUCCCACUUUUUGAAAGUUGAUAAAUUUUGUGACACAGUAAAAUGUACAUACAAUUGUUUGAGAUAACGCUUUUAAUGUUUUGUUAAUCAGGAGCAUUUUGGUAGUCUGUAUGGCCGCACAAUUGCAUGGGUUGGUGAUGGUAACAAUAUCAUUCACUCGUUUAUGAUGGCAGCACCCAAAUUUGGAAUUCACUUAAAUAUUGCAACUCCAAAGGUGAAGUACAUAGUGCUUUAAAUUUUUCCCACCCCCGCUUCUGGCCAUACUAACUGUUUUAUUAUUUGUGACGCAGGGCUAUGAACCUGAUGCAGAAAUCUCCAAGAUAUGUCAACGCUUCACUGAAGAGGUAAGUUAUAUGGUUUGUGUAGGCCAGAAUGGUUCAUUUUUACCCUCCCCCUCACGGCCACAUAUGUGUCAACUCUCUCAUAUCAUUGCUUAGUCUCCCUUAUAUGGCACAAAUCUCUUGAUCUUGAACUCUCUUAUAGGUUACCAAAUCUCCAAAUAAAAAUGUCUUUGAUUAUUUACUGUGCAAAAGCCUGAAAUUUAAUCCUAAAAUUCCUUUUCCUUAUUUUUUUUGUUUUUUAAAUUUGUUACUGCAAAAAUGCUAGUGUCCAGAUUUUAACUCUUCAGAAGUUGGCUUCUCAUUUUUUUUUUUUGCGGGAACUUACUCUUGCGGAUCGCUGGAAAAAUCGCAAAAAAGCUGCUUCCACACGGUACAUGAGGUAUAUGAUAAUUGAGGAGUGUAAAGACUUUAAUCACAACGUGUGGAGGAAAAUGCAACGUCAGCUAUAGUGUUUCAGAACUCAGUAAUAAUGCUACCUAAUGCUACCUUUUUGGCGAAGCUAAUAUAGUAAAAAAUAAAAUAAAACAUAGGACUCCUGAUAUUAUUCUAUGGCGGAUAUUGUGCACGUUAUUGAUCCCAAAUGGCACCUGAUCACAGGAUGCUCCAGACUUGCAAGCAACUUGUAUCUUGGUUUGAUAAGGCUAAGCACAAAAAAAGAGUAUUUGCAAUCAUUACUGGUAAAUCAAUUUUCACUGUCAAUUAACAAGCAUUUUAAUUGUUAUUACAGAACAAGACAUCAGUGAACUUUACUGAUGAUCCAAGGGAAGCAUGUUCUAAUGCUGAUGUAGUAGUGACGGACACGUGGAUUAGUAUGGGACAAGAAGAGGAGAAGGCUGCAAGAUUAAAGUCUUUUUCGGGGUAUCAAGUUGAUACCAAGGUCUGCUUUUUAGAUCGUAUUUGACAUUUGCAAGUUAACAUGUAAAUUAUUCCAUUGACUGUGACGUAUCGUAGUGAAUUGCGGUCGUUUCGCCCGAAAGUCGAUUCGCGCGAAGACAUACAACACUCUACGACAUGGUGAACCCACUUUUCCGAGAUGUUAUUUUAGUUAACCUUGGAUUCCACAUGUGUAGUCACUGUUUUCAAUGCUUGUUCCUUUUUCUCAGGCUUGAAGAACGAUAAAUUCGCAUCGGGCGAAUCGACUCAGUCUAGGCGAACUGCCAUCGGGCGAAUCAACCUUCUGGCGAAACGACCUGGUACCGUCGUGGUGGUACAUCUGUUCUAGAAUUCUGGAAUUGAAUUAUUUUAAUAAUUACAAGAUUCUAUUCAGGACCUAGAAAGAAAAAUUGGGCGUCCUUUCUAAAUGAUCAAAUUUGCAAUUGACGUCUUAGUUGUGCAGUGACGGCAAAGAAAUGAACCAAAAAGUGUGAUGAAAGUGCAAAAUUAUUUCAGUGUUAAUUUACGUCUGCGUUGCUGUUCCCCGCAUAGAUCUUACGUGCACGCGCUGUCGAAUGGUCGGAAAAAGUAGCAUUUAAAGCUGAGAAAAUCAGCCCUUUAAUCAGUUUGAAUAAUUCAGCCAGGCUCACAUGUACAUCCUAAUGAUUCCCAUAUCUCGCCUGCAGCUCAUGUCUCUUGCCAAAGACGAGGCUGUUUUUCUUCAUUGUCUACCGCGGAAACCAGAAGAGGUAACCGAUGAAGUUUUUCAGUCUGAAAGAUCUCUGGUUUGGCAGGAAGCAGAGAACAGAAAGUGGACAGUUAUGGUAAGAAGGGCAGUUUGGAUAUAUAGUGGGCAUCUAGUCAGUUCUGGCCCCUCUGUCUUCUCUGGAAGGGUGUUAUUCACCUCGACCUUCAGCCUCAACGGAAAACACUCUCGACCUCCAUAAUUCUUUAGGGCCGGGUUGUUCGAAGCUAGGUUAAGUUAACCCAGGGUUAGUGCAAAAUUUGAAUUCAGAUAAUGGUCAGUAGCUCUUUUAAAGCGCCCGAAAGCGGGGCGAAAAAUGUCUUACUAAUAUCUGGCGAGAUUUUAAGCCCUAUUUGAAUGAAAUAGGUCUGCUGCCAGCGUAGCGAACAGCAAUGAUCACGGAUUAUAGUUAUGGUCAUGAUUCAGAAUCUGACGAUAAUCAUCAUCAAAUUGGUUAUGAAUAUGAUGAUUUUAUAACGGUGGUAAUAAUGAUUAUGACAGUGAUUGUGCUAAUAAUGAUUAUGAUUGUAAUUUGAUCAUAAAAGUAUUCUUUAUCAUAUUUUUCCAUAGGCUGUGAUGGCGUGUCUGAUGGAGGAUUACAGCCCUAUUCACCCUAUGCCAGAAUUUUAA